AUGGUUAUCAAUGAAGAGAGUGGAACAUUGACAUCGAAGAACUAUCCUGGCACGUACCCCAACUACACCCUGUGCUUAAUAAAAAUCAAAGUGCCUGCUGGUAAAAGCCUAUACCUAAAGCUGGCAGAUCUGGAUAUCGAAUCCCAAGACUGUGAAUCUGCUUAUCUCAAAAUAUACAAAGGAACAUCUGAUGAAGAAACUAGCUAUUGUGGUAAUCAGAAUAAUGUUGGUAAAGAUCUGUAUCUGGACAGCAAUGAAGCCAUCAUACGUUUCGAAAGCAGGAUCCACAUAUCUGGAAGAGGAUUCUUAAUAAAUUUUGCCAGCAGUGAUCAUCCAGAUUUGAUCACCUGCCUGGCACGUUCCAACCAUUACAUAGAGACAGAAUUCAGCAGGUACUGUCCAGCUGGAUGCAGAGACCUUGCAGGAGACAUAUCUGGGGAUAUAGAGGAAGGAUAUAGGGAUACGUCUUUGCUCUGCAAAGCUGCAGUUCAUGCGGGAGUUAUCGCAGAUGAACUUGGAGGUCAAAUUCAUGUGACACAUCAGAAAGGUGCAAGUCGAUACCGAGGGGUUCUGGCAAAUGGAAUUUUUUCAAAAGCUGGCUCACUUUCAGACCGCCGGUUUGUGUUUAACAGCCUUGAUUGCAGCACUUCAUUGACUGCAGGGAAUGGAGAAGAGAAAUUUUCAGCUACCUCAUCCUGGGAAUGGAGAAGUGAGAAUGGGGAGACAAUGGUGUGGUCCCCGGGAAAGGCCCAACCCAAUACCCAGGGGCUGUCCUGGGCUUCCAGUCAUCAGUCUGACCGUGAAUGGCUAGAAAUAGAUCUGGGGGACAGAAGGAAAAUAACUGGUAUUGUCACUACAGGAUCCACAUUGCCAAACUUUAACUUUUAUGUGAAAUCUUACAUAAUCAAUUUUACAAGAGAUGGAUUGAAGUGGAGGACUUACAAGGGAGCAAUGAACAAUGAAGAAAAGGUAUUGGAGGGGAACUCAGACUAUCAAGAUCAGACUCGUAACAACUUAAUUCCUCCUGUUGUGGCACGAGCUCUCCGUAUCAUACCACGCACUUGGAACCAAAGGAUUGCUAUGAAAGUGGAACUUAUGGGAUGUGCUCUUACACAGAGUAUGUACAAGCCUAUGUGGAAGAAGGCAAAUGAAAAGAGGGCCAAAACACCAGUAAAAGAGGAAGAGAACAUUACUGAGCCAGUUCCUUCAGAAGAAAAUGACUUUGGUAUGCAUCUCUUUCUGAAAGAAAUGUUUAAAAUAAAAAUAUAA